UCUAGAAUGCGCCGAUGCCGGCCCUUUUCCACGGGCGACUUCGUGAGGCCAACUCCGGUUGUCGCCUUCCCGAGAUUCCGGUUGUGGGUGGGCAAGAAUAAAGCCCUCUCCUUCCCUCUCGUCGCGGCAUAUAUAUCUCUGUGAGUUCCCCGCACCCUAUCUCUCCUCAUUUCCUCCUCUUCGAUUACAAGAUGCUCUUCCAUACCUCCAUCGAAAUCUGUGUUCUCCAGCUCUCUCUCAAUGCUUGUUGGUGUAAAUUAAAUUGAGCGGUUGUUUUCUUUUUUCCCUUCCUAUUGGGAUUUGGGAGCGUCACAUGGGACUCAAAUUUCAUGACAAUCCCGAUCUAGGUUUUGUAAUUUUAGUGUUCUGAAAUCGAUAUGUGCUUUACCCAAUGCGCAAAUUUUGAGUUUUUUUAGCGGAGAUUUGUUGUUGACGGCUCUAGAGACUGGUGGGUGAUAGUUCCUCUUCUCGCAUUUUGGAUUUGGGGGAGGGCACAGAUAACUGGGUCUGCACUUCUCAAUUUGAUGAGAGUUUAUUCGAUAGAGAUCGAUCAAUUAAGCUGAAUUUGGGCUGGAAUUUGAUGAGACGGCGGUCGUUAGAGUCCAACCAUCACGAGGAGAUGGAGAAGGCCAACGGCAAGCCUCCACCAUCUCGGCUCUGCUUCUUGGCCACCCUAUCGGCCAUGUUCUGGAUCAUGAUCUUCUACUUCCAUUUCACUGUUCUCAGCAGCAACCCUAUCGGCAAACCGGAGCAACCCGUUCCCUUCUCCGUUUCGGCCCAACCCCAGCGGAUUUCGGAAGCAUAUGAAGCGUUUGAACUGCCCAAAAUGAAGGCACCGCCGAGAUCAAAGCCAUCGGAUACUCGUCAAGCACCAGAGGCAUUCCCCUUCACCCGGGCCCUCCGGACCAUCGAGAAUAAGAGCGAUCCGUGCGGUGGGAGGUACAUCUACGUCCAUGACCUCCCCUCGCGGUUCAAUGCCGACAUGCUCCGAGAUUGCAAGAACUUGAGCCUUUGGACCAACAUGUGCAAAUUCACAAGCAAUGCUGGUCUGGGGCCUCCGCUUGAGAAUGCUGAAGGGGUCUUCUCAAACACCGGAUGGUAUGCCACCAAUCAAUUCGCGGUGGAUGUGAUCUUCAACAACCGGAUGAAGCAGUACGAGUGCCUGACCAAGGAUUCAUCCAUUGCCGCAGCUAUUUUCGUGCCCUUCUAUGCUGGUUUUGACAUAGCUCGAUAUCUUUGGGGAUACAAUAUCUCAGUCAGGGAUGCUGCAUCUCUCGAUUUGGUUGAUUGGCUCAUGAAGAGGCCUGAGUGGAACGUGAUGGGGGGAAGGGACCAUUUCUUGGUGGCUGGGAGGAUCACUUGGGAUUUCAGGAGAUUGACAGAUUCUGAAACGGAUUGGGGGAAUAAGCUUCUGUUCUUGCCAGCUGCAAGAAAUAUGUCCAUGCUGGUUGUGGAGGCAAGCCCAUGGAAUGCUAAUGAUUUUGGGGUACCAUAUCCUACUUACUUUCAUCCAGCAAAGGAUGGUGAUGUUUUCCUUUGGCAGGACCGGAUGAGGAAGUUGGAGCGGAAGUAUCUAUUCUCAUUUGCAGGUGCGCCACGGCCUGAUAAUCCAAUAUCAAUCAGAGGGCAGAUAAUAGAUCAGUGCAAAAAGUCCAAGGUAUGUAAGUUGUUGGAGUGUGAUUUUGGAGAGAGCAAGUGUCACUCCCCAAGCAGCAUAAUGCAGAUGUUCCAGAGUUCCUUGUUUUGCUUACAACCUCAGGGAGAUUCAUAUACAAGGAGAUCAGCUUUUGACUCCAUGUUGGCUGGUUGCAUACCUGUUUUCUUCCAUCCUGGUUCUGCUUAUAUACAGUACACAUGGCAUCUCCCGAGGAACUACUCGACAUAUUCGGUGUUUAUCCCGGAGGAUGAUAUUCGAAAGCAGAAUGUCAGCAUUGAGGAGAGGUUAAAGCAAAUUCCUCCAGAUGUUGUGGAAAUAAUGAGAGAGAGAGUCAUAAGCCUUAUACCAAAGCUAAUAUAUGCAGACCCUAGGUCUAAACUGGAGACUCUUAAGGAUGCGUUUGAUGUGGCAGUUCAGGCAGUCAUCAACAAAGUUACAAAACUAAGAAGGGAUGUAAUUGAAGGCCGUGAAGAUAAGGACUUCAUCGAAGAGAACAGCUGGAAAUAUGCUUUGUUAGAGGAUGGCCAGCAAACAGUUGGGCCACAUGAGUGGGAUCCUUUCUUUUCUAAGCCGAAGGAUGGUAAUGGAGAGUCUGGCACUAUAUCUGCUGAAGCUGCUAAGAAAUCUUGGAAGAAUGAACAAAGGAGUCAGGCUUGACUUGUAUUCUGGAGUGAUGAGAAGGCAGGGCUAAUUGAUUAUGAUGAUUUAUAAUCACAUUGGUACAAUCUGAAGCUACUUGAAUGCAAGUAAAUCAUCAAAUUACAGAUAUGUGGAUGAGUGAGCCUUGAUCAUCAUUGUUGAGUGUAUAUCAGUUGAGUUUUUCUGCAAAUUGUGAGAAUGUGUCUACAACAAUAAUUAGAACUUCAAAGAUGAACCAUAGGAGGGGUUUGAUCUCUUGUGAUGUUUGCAUUAGGUAAGAUGUGCUUUCCAUUUAUCAAUUUCCUAUUUGUAUAUAUCUUUCCUAACAAUAGUUGAAUUUUGAAUACAGAACCUAAUAAUAUAAGACGUCUGUCAGUACGGUAAGGUGCUAUAUACUACAUAUGCAGCCAGUAGCUUUGAAAAUCCUUUUGUGUUUGGUUCUAUGUUAUACAUGUUUCAAGAUGUUUAGGUUCCUGUAGUUAUUGUUGAUGUGAGCACCAGUUGCUAUGGUUCUGAGGGGGAUGCAUGAAGUAGAAUAAUGCAUGUUUUUGGAACUACAAAAUGCUUGUACGGGCUUGUUCAUGCAGGAUAUGAGUCGCCAAUCCAUUCAAGAAUUUGACACACAAUGUCACUUGCUCCAAGACUUUUGAAGCAACCAACAUGACCAAGCUCUGUAAGUUUUAUUUUUUGCCUUCUUGUGGAUGAUGCAUGCAUAUUAGUAAGGGACAUUUUUUUCAUUUUCUUCAUUCAUGGUGCUUGAUUGAAUGAUUGAUCUCUCUCAGCUUUCAUCAAUUUGUCAUGGUUACCGUGUGUUAUUUUAUGUAGUAGUAGUAGUCCGCACUGUUUGGUGGUCUUAAAGUGCGUGAUGGCCACCACAGAACUUUAAUAGAUGCUUUUUAAUUGCUUACAUAAUAUGUUAUUCAUGAUAUGGUAAUCAACAUUGAUUGUGUGCUUGCUUUUCCUUUAUUUGGAAUCUACUUUUGAAUAGGCAGGGAGAUGGUAAGAAGCAUCUUGGCCACCGGUGGAUGAGCAGAUGCCAAAUUUUCUUGCAAGGCAUCCUGCUGUAUCGUAAGGAGCAGCCUUUCCUUCUGUGACUAGGAGGGCGUAGAUUGAAGCAAUCAAAGAAGAGGGAACAUUUUGGGCUAUCAAAUGGGGACAACCAUUUUAAUGUCAAUCUUAAAGCCAGCCACACUUGUUUAGGAUCUCUAUCGGUACGUUCACGAUGAAGUGUUUUGUUCGGCUACGUAAUUCCGAUGCUUAUGUUUCGAUAAAAUUGACCGUGAGAGUUUACGGGUUUCUUCAUUCAGCUCUUUUUGGUGUAUGAGCUUAUGCAUUUGGAUAAUUUUUAUUCCUCAAACAUGAUUGAUAAUUUAGAAGAAAUAAAAUAUUAAUUUUGAUUAUAUUAUGUUUUUUUUAUGCUAGGUUAAGGGAUCAAGCUUGGCAUGUGAAUCCAAGUGAAAUGGAUGAUUUUGUACUACGACAAUAAUAAUAAAGCUGUAAAGUCUUAAUUAUUUAAGCUUUACUCGAUCUUUUGAUAUUAUUGAGAUAUGUAAAGAAAUUAUAUUUGUAGUUAAAAUAAUGUUUUUUAGUC